GUGCAAGCAUAAUAAACCUCCUCGUCUCCCAUUCGCGUGGAGGUUCGGCCGCUCUUUCAAGAAGCUUCGACUCGCUACGCCGGCAAGAUGCCUCAUAUACUAAAGUUCCUCGUUUCCACUGUCCUCCUGGGACUCUACCAUUCUGCGUUUGCCCAGCCCGCCGCUGGCGCCCCGCCGGCUGCAGCUCCAGCCCCAGCUCCAGAUGGUGCAGCCCCGAACCACCCCCUUCCAGACUUCGCACCGGAUGGAGACCAUGCGCAAGCCACCCUCUACAUUGAUCAUGUGGAUGCCGCUGAGGAUCCUUGCCUCCAAAACGAAGGCUGCUUAACUGGAAACGGCACUCGCAUGCUUCUGCGUUUUGGGAGCAUGGUUCACAACAUUGGCGACGCAGACGGCUAUCUCGGAAACCCCCCUGAAGCUCAUAAUGACCCAAAUAAUCCACGUUACUGGCAUUGGGAUACUUGUCACGGACACUGGCAUUUCACCGCUUACGCCAACUACCGACUCCUGAGCGCAGAUCGCCAAACUGUCAUCCUCAACGGUCACAAGAAUGGCUUCUGUCUCGAAGAUGUAGGCUGUGACGUCGAAGGCCUGGAACCAGUCUACAAUUGCAACAAUCAGGGCAUCUCGGUGGGGUGUCAUGAUCUUUACGACGAGACGCUGCCCUGUCAAUGGAUCGAUGUGACCGACUUGCACCUACAACCCGGUUACACGGCCAACACCGAGUACACGCUGGAGAUCGACAUCAACCCGGACGGCUUCUUCCCCGAAAAGACCAUUGAUAACAACAAGGCGUUCGCGAAAGUGGUCAUUGGCGAUGUUCCGGCUUACGACGGUCCUACUCUUGCCCAGGUGACGGUGCCGAAUGGUCCCACAGGCGCCACAGGCGCCAGUGUUACGGAUGCAUCUGUGCACAAUAACCCGGUGGUUGCUGGCGGUAGAAACAGGCGUAGGAAAAGGUGGCUCCAGAGCUGGUGAAGGAUUUGUGUUUCAUAAGCUCAGAUAGUUAGCGUCAUCAGAUCCUACCGGACUCUGAUUCUUGAUCUUGUUUCGUGGUUCCUCGAAUACUGCGGAUGUAGACAGUAACGA